GCAUCUAUGCAGCUUGGGCAAAACGGAUGUGUUUUUUUUGUGUGUUCCAUUCUCUUGCAAGUUCCAAACGUGGUGAGAGUCGCGCAUCCAUUUGCUUUCCUGAAGAAAAUCCGGAAAAAGUUAACUACCCCCGCACACAAAUAUGACCGACGAAUACUUUUACGGAGCAACCCUGAAGGAGGGCAGCAAAACAGUGACAUGGGAUCCGGACAACAAGCCCGAAGGUUACCCAAGAACGAACAAGCUGGUCAUCAAACAGUGCCUGCUGGGGCAUGAGGCGGCUGCGGACGAGUUUAACGUGGUACAGGUCGAAACGAUGACUAUACGGGACACGCUCCGCAUACCAAUCGCCGUGCUGAAGGUGGGAGAGCUGCGACAGUGCCGGAUGGAUCUGGAGUUUUCGGACGCGCCAGUUACGUUCACGCUGGUGGAGGGCAAGGGCCCAGUGCACAUUCACGGUUUGCAUCUACUCGGUUCGCUGGUCGAGGAGUUCGAGGACAUGGAGGAGAUGGAGGAGGAAGGACUGGACGAGGAAGAAGCCGACGAGGACGAGGACGAGGACGGUGCGUCACAGAAGAAGAAGCCAAAACUGACCAACAACUCGAAGGGCAAGCCGGGUGGCGGCGGAGCGGUGGCCGGUGGUGGACCCGCGGGCAACGAUAAAAACCGAAAGAGGAAAUAAGCGCCGCGCGGACACGUUUUCUUUUAUCCUUUGCAACCCACGAUAUUUGCCAGCAGCAGCAGCAGCAGCAGAGAGGUGCUAAAGGAGGCCGCAGCCACAACGUGUCAUCAUUCCUCACAAACAAUUUAAAUAUAAAUGUAUUACAAAGAAACAAACACAGAAAAAAAGCAAAACAACUCUACAACCACCAAGCCAACAAACAAACAAACACCUACGAGAAGCUGUCCACCUUGGGAUCGGCGCCACACCAAGAGACGGGGAGGAGAAGAAAAAGCAAGAGGCAGGAUUGUCCUAUAGAUUCCCGCGCUGUAUGCAUCGCGCGCCAUCGAGUACCGUCGUACCUCAUCACUCUCGUCCAAUGAAUGGCCCCACUUUUUCCAAUUUACCAACUCUCCUGCGAGCUCCGAAUGAACGGGGAAUUGUUUCUUGAAACAACUACACCUAGCUAUAUAUACGUAGGAGCCAUUAGAGUUGUCGCUACGGGAAGAAGCAGAAGCGGUCCCCACAAUAACCCCCCGGCAAAGAGGAAAACACAAACUAUUAGCCCGUAGCCACACAAUCACUAAUAGCCACCAGUUUAGAUCCAGGGAAAAUCCAUACGUUCAGGAGGGGAGGGGGGGGUGUGGGUAGGGUGGGAAGUCGAAGGACCACAAGAGAAUUGUUUACGUAACUAAACAGAAGCUAACACUGCUUACGAUAAACUUCCACAAAUAAUUAUGGAAAACCGGAAAAAAAUCUGAGGUUGUAAGCUUUUUCUUUAUAUUUUUUCUAUUUCCAAUAUUUGGUUUUGAGUGUACGGAAACAGCAUUUAUUAUGUGUAUUUCGGGAAGAAAACAUCAGCAACCCCCUCCCGGUGGGAAUGGCUCGAAGGCGGGAUGGAAAAAAGUAGCAUUGUGUGUAUUGUGAGUAAAAUUUAAAAACCACUUAGAGGCCAAAAUCUCUCAACUAACAGGAAAAUGGGUGAGGGGGUUGGGUGGGAAGACAAAUGAAGGGGGACAACCACAAACACACAAAAACAUGAUGGUGGUGUGUAUGUGAAAUUCAUCAAAGUAAUAAGCAAAGAAUGGCAUACAAAAUGGACAAAUAAACAUAUGAUAAAACAA